AUGAUGAGUGGUGAUAAUGAAAUUGAAUCAACUUCAAAUCAUCAUCAUCAUCAUCAUCAACAGCAACAUCCACCAUUGACACCCGAUACCAAUGAAGACGAUACCCAUGCUCAGAAACCAAAUAAUGAUAACAACAGUUGUUUAAUUGUUCCACCUGCAACUAAUAUCAAUACUACUCAGGAUGAUAGACAAUCCAAUCAAGAAGAUACAUUACUACCAUAUAACUCAUCAAAUGAAGAAACCCCAUUAUUAUCAAAUAAUUCAAUAAUUUCAAAACGAUCACAAUUAAUAACAAGUUUUUCUCAUUGUUAUUAUAUUAUAAUAAUAUUAUCUAUAUUAUUAACUGGAAUAUUAUGGGGUAGUAUUAUUUAUAAUAUUGUUCAUAAUAUUGAAUCUUCAAUUAAUGAUUCUAUUCAAUUUAAUCUUGAUCAAGUCUCAAUUCAACUGAUAACUCCACAAGGAAUUAAUAUUCAUAUAUUAGGUUCAAUUAAUAUUAAUUAUGAUGAUAUUAUUAAUCUGAUACAACGGAAUUCUAUUAAAUUUUUAACUGGUAUAUUUGGUAGUUUAACAAUUAUUAAUUUACAACCCAUUGAAAUUUAUAGUAAAUUUAUUGAUUUAAAAGAAAAUAAGGAUAUAUCGUUUAUUCAUUUAGUUGAUUCUUAUAUACCUUCUUCAUCACCAAUUAAUAUCAAAAUUGGACAUUUACAAACUACUAAUAUUGAUAUUAUAUCACCUUGUCAAUUUGUUAAUAAUGAUAAUGAUAAUUUUAUGAAAUUUUUAAAUGAUUAUUAUAAAUUAAAUAAUAAUGAUGAUAAAAUUAAUUUAAAAAUUAAAGGAUUGGUUAAACAAAUUAGAAUUAAAUCAUGGUUAUUUAAACAUGAUUUGGAGAAUAUUGAAUUUUAUAAAGAUGUAACAAUUUAUAAACAUGAUAUUAUACCUAAUGUCAAUAUUGAUAAAUUUAAUCUUUAUUCAUCAAUAGAUAAUAAAGGUAAUGAUAUUAUUAAUAUUAAAAUCAAUGCUUUGGUUGAUAUACCAGAAAUCAUUUUAUCAUCAAUUAAAGAUUUGAAAUUUCAAUUUGGCUUAAUUAAUUGGAAUUUAUUCUUUAAUGAUUGUGAUGAAGUAAAAGAUUUGAUUAAAGUAGGAGAUUGGGAAAGUUAUCCAUUUCAAAUAGAUAACAGGCAUCAAUCUAUUUCAUUGAUAGUGAUUGGGAAUAUAUCAUCUAUACCUGAUGAAUUAAUGAAUGAAUGCACUCAAGAUGAAGAUGGUGGUGGUGGUAAAAGUCCUUUGAAUAAAAUUUUACAAAAAUAUUUAGAUAAUGAACCUAUUGAAUUUUAUUUACAAUUAUUAGAUAAUAAUAAUAAUGAUGAUGAUAAUCAAGAUGAAGAUGAAUUACCUGAUUGGUUAUUUGAUUUUUUACAUGAUACACCAAUUAAAUUGGCUAUAACUUUGCCGAAAAUCAAUAUAGAUAAAUAUAAACUUCACCAUGAAAAAUUUGAAAUUAUAAAUCAUUCAUCACAAGUUUCCAUAGAGAAUAAUAAUCAAUCUUUGGUAAGUCAUUGGAAUUCUAAUAUAUCAUUGAAUUUAGACAAUUCAUUUAAAGCAAUUGAUUUAGAUAUAAAUAAAUUUAAAUUUGAUUUUGAAAUAUUUAGUGGUAGAGGUGGUAUCCUUAAAAUAACUUCAAAUGAUGAAUAUAUUUAUAUAACUAUGAUGAAUCAUAAUCAAGAAUUAAUAAAUGUGGUUAUGAAUUUACCAAAUUUGGAUAUUUCAAUUAUUGAUGUAAAUCAAAUGGGAAAAAUCAUCAACAAGGUACUCAAUAGGAACCACAAGGAAGAGGAAGAGGAAGAGGAAGAGGAAGAGGAAGAGGAAGAGGAAGAGGAAGAGGAUUUGUUUAUUGAAGGUAAUUUAUAUGACGUAUAUGGGAAGUUACCAAUAUGGAAAAACAACAAUGGCAAACUUAUUGAUCAUUUAUUUAUACCAUUGAUGAAAUUACCCAAGUUAUCAACUACUAUCGAAAAUUCUUCAAUCUAUUCUUCAAAUUCAUUAUCAAAUUUAACUAUAACCAUCACAAUUAUAUAUUUAAUUAAACUGACUACUAAAAAACUAGAAUUAUUAAUUGAUUUAAUUAUUUAUAAUCCAACUAAUUUCACCAUUAGUAAUUUUGAUUCAUCAUUAUUAAUUGAUCCAAUAAUUUUAGAAAUUUUUAAACAUGAUUCAUUAAUUAGUUCAAUAGAGGUAAUACCUAACACUCAAUCUGGGAAUUUAAUUAUUCCUAGUAAAGAUUAUUUCAAUACAACUAUUGAUUUAAAUAUUUAUUCAUUGAAUUAUCGAGAUAAAUCAAUAUUAGAGAAUUCAAUAAGUUCAUUCAUAUCUAAUGAUAAUUUAUCCAAUAUCACCAUAACCCCAACAACAACAACACCAAUAACAACAACCAAUUUUAAUCCAUUGAUUGAUUUAUUAUCAUCUAUUGAAUUAACUAAUAUAACAAUAAAUUCUCAAAUUUUAUCUAAUGGGAUGAUAAAUUUCUUUCAUGAUCAAAAAUUAAUUAAUAAUAUUCAAAUUCAUUUAUUUACUUCACAAAUUCAAUUUAAUAUUUAUAAUCCAAUAAUUAAUUCAUCAAUUAUAUUAUUUAUUUAUACUGGAUUAGCUAAAACCAAUUCAAAUGAAAAUGUUAUUGAAUUAGGUCAUUUAUUACAUCAAGAACAAAUUAUUAUUCCUGUAAAUGGGAUUUAUCAAACAUCUAAAUUACCCAUUAAAAUAAAUCCUAUGGGGAUGGAAAUUUUGAAGAAAUAUUUACAUGAACAACCCGAUCAAAAGGGGGGGUUGAUGAAUGUAGAAAUAAAUACCGUAUUUAAUGUGAAAAUUGAUCAAUUUGAUGUUGAAUUAUAUUAUAAUGGUAAUGUUGAUGUUGAUGUUAAAUUGGCCAUGUGA